UAGUGGAUGAAUACAACAGAGUGAAGAACUCUCUCUCUUCUCUCUUCUUCCUUCCAUUCUUCCUUUCUUUCUCCUAAUCCUUCACUUAUCUGUUGGAUUACUCUCCUGUCUUUCCUGGACUGUGUUUUGAGGAGAAUAUCACACACACGCAAUUAGAUUUCAGAGAGAGUGUGUGUGAUUGGAGAAGAACUGCUCGUGUCGAAGAGGAAUACACACUCGGCUGUCGCUCAUACCGAGAGGAGAGAGAGAGAGAGAGCGAGAGGAGAGAGAGAGAGAGAGAUGUCUGGAGUGUCUGGCUGAACAAUCAAACAGAGAUUGUGGGAUGUGACAGAGAGGACUUCUUCAAGCAAUAACAGAUCUGUCCAUUCCGGUCGUCAGGAUGUCCGGUAUGGACCUCUCAUUGGAGGAGCUGAACAGAACCGAAAUCUCCCCAGACAACGGAAACUUCCUGAGGUUCUCCCCCACCUCCGUUUCCACUGCAGCCGCGGCGGCGGGGACAGGGUUGUCGUCGGGGCGACAGGAGAAUGUUUACGUGUACGUGUGGAUCUUCCUGAGUCUGCUGGUGUUCCUGCUGUCGAUGAUCAUCAUCUCCCUCCACAGGCUAAAGAAUAUCAUUACAUCCUCCUCCUCUGUACCUGACUGCAGCAGUGAGGGGGGCAGCUCAUUCACCAACAUGGAGAUCUGUAGUAUAUCUUCACAGAGGUCAACCGUGUCCUCACUGUCAAUUUGAGAGAGACACACACACACACACAUACACACACACACACACACACACACACACACACACACACACACACACACACACACACACACACACACACUCCAGAAAACAAGCUUUUCAGUUGGACCAUAUGGGACUUUACACUGAUGUGUUAAGGAGGUAGCUUGAACUGAACUCUGAACCCUCUGUGACUUCUCCUUUUGGCUCAUGGGAAACAUAGUUCACUGUGUAAAGAGCAGAUCCAGGAAGAGAGAGAGAGAAAAAAAAACUCUGUUUUUGAAUCUGGGGUAUAUUUACUACGAGCCAAACUGAAGCACAAGGGCCGAAAAUGUUUUCCUUACGGUGUGCACUGAUGAAACACCAGUCGUCUGUUUCGAUUCUCGCAUCCAUGGAAUACAACUUUAGAAUCUUAGAGGUCCUCAGAAAGUUAGCCGGGGUCUAAUCUUAUCUAGUGUCGCUUUCAGUGUGGUUUCUAGGACCAUGCCCCAGGACUACCUGACAUGAUGACUCCUUGCUGUCCCCAGUCUACCUGGCCAUGCUGCUGCUCCAGUUUCAACUUCCACCUGACUGUGCUGCUGCUCUAGUUUCAACUGUUCUGCCUUAUUAUUAUUCGACCAUGCUGGUCAUUUAUGAACAUUGAACAUCUUGGCCAUGUUCUGUUAUAAUCUCCACCCGGCACAGCCAGAAGAGGACUGGCCACCCCACAUAGCCUGGUUCCUCUCUAGGUUUCUUCCUAGGUAUUGGCCUUUCUAGGGAGUUUUUCCUAGCCACCGUGCUUCUACACCUGCAUUGCUUGCUGUUUGGGGUUUUAGGCUGGGUUUCUGUACAGCACUUUGAGAUAUCAGCUGAUGUACGAAGGGCUAUAUAAAUACAUUUGAUUUGAUUUGAUUUGAUUUAUAUCUGCCUUUCUCUUUUUAUUUGAAAUAGGAAACGACCGCUUCUGUUACUAAUUCCACAACAUUAUGUGACUGAUAUGUUUAUCUCAGAUAACAUAUCUCAUCCAGCUUUAAUCCAGAGUUCAUCUUUCUCUGGCUGUGUACAAAAUGGUACCAUAUUCCCUGUAUAAUUGGCUCUGGCCAACAGUAGUGUUCUCUCUAGGGAAUAGGGGCCAUUUCAGAUUUGUCCCCACUGCUGAUUUCUUUCUGUAAUAUCCUAAAUCUUUACUGUUUCCAGGGCAACCUGUACUAACCUGAUUUUAGUGUGAAGUAUAGGUCUUUCUGUUAUGUCAAAAUAUCUCUACUGUUUCCAGGGCAACCUGUACUAACCUGGUUUAACUGUGAAGUAUAGGUCUUUCUGUUAUGUCAAAAUAUCUCUACUGUUUCCAGGGCAACCUGUACUAACCUGGUUUAACUGUGAAGUAUAGGUCUUUCUGUUAUGUCAAAAUAUCUCUACUGUUUCCAGGGCAACCUGUACUAACCUGGUUUAACUGUGAAGUAUAGGUCUUUCUGUUAUGUCAAAAUAUCUCUACUGUUUCCAGGGCAACCUGUACUAACCUGGUUUAACUGUAAAGUACAUACUGAACCAGUUAAGUACAUACUGAACCAGUUAAGUACAUACUGAACCAGUUAAGUACAUACUGAACCAGUUAAGUACAUACUGAACCAGUUAAGUACAUACUGAACCAGUUAAGUACAUACUGAACCAGUUAAGUACAUACUGAACCAGUUAAGUACAUACUGAACCAGUUAAGUACAUACUGAACCAGUUAAGUACAUACUGAACCAGUUAAGUACAUACUGAACCAGUUAAGUACAUACUGAACCAGUUAAGUACAUACUGAACCAGUUAAGUACAUACUGAACCAGUUAAGUACAUACUGAACCAGUUAAGUACAUACUGAACCUCAUAUUUGAUUAUUUUGAAAGUAUUGAAUUGUAAUGGACUGGAUAUCGAGAAGGUUCAACAAUAAAACAUAUUAACAUUUGUAAUAUCACUCUUUGUUUGAAGGUAUGAUCCCACAACUGGCCUCAUUUCCUGCCUGACAUUGUUAUGGACAAAAACAACAUGAGUAAGAACAGAAAUAAAGGGGAAAAAGAC